AUGGCGGACAAAGUACUUGCAGGCGAGCCAGGAGACGAUUGCUGUCGCGGUGUACGACAUUUCGGCGAGCCGAAGGGCAAGAUCGAGAAAAUUGCGGGUGUUGAUACAUAUAUUACAGCUCCGCCGCAAGGAACGAGAUCAAAGGGCGUGAUAUUGUUCUACGCGGAUGUUUGGGGACCAGUAUUUAUCAAUAACAAACUCAUUCAGGACUAUUUCGCGACUCAAGGGUACGAUGUCGUUGGUAUCGACUACUUCUUUGGUGACCCCGUUUACAUCCACGAUGGCGAGCAAGGCUUCGACAGACCCGCAUGGAUGGCAAAGAGCAAAGCCCAGGCAGCUGAAAACGAGCCAAAAUGGUUCCAGGUUAUCAAAGAGAGAUAUGGCCAAGGAACGAAAUACUUCGCCGUCGGUUACUGUUUCGGGGCACCCUAUGUCCUCGAAGCAGGGUCAACUGGGAAGACAGUCGCAGGCGCGAUUGCUCACCCAGCAUUCCUGAACGAGAAACACUUCUUCGAUGUAACCGCACCACUUAUGUUAUCAUGCUCUGAAAUCGACCAUACAUUCCCAACGGACUUGCGCCGUCGUGCUGAAGAUAUCCUCGUUGAGAGGAAGCACGAUUACCACUUCCAAGUUUUUGGCGGUGUGUCUCACGGCUUCGCAGUUCGUGGAGACCCGAAUAACAGCAAAGAGAGAUUCGCUAAGGAGGAGAGUGCGAGGGGUAUUAUUGCUUGGUUUGAUCGUUUCGCGUAGUAUUGUUCAUGAAGGGUAAGGUGAUAGAUAUGAUUGAAGGAGUUUG